GACGUCGGUGGCUGCGAAGAGGACGCGUUUGGAGAGCUCCGCUUUUUGCGCACGGGAGAGUUUAGCGCACCGGGGGGACUUGCGCGUUUGGCGCUGCUGCGGCUGCCGAUUCCGCUCCGGAGGCUCUUACUGCUGCUGCAGCGGCUGGCCCAGCGUCGCUUUUCGCCCGGCAGGCGGCUUGGCGUCGUGCCCGCUGCCUCUCCAUCGCGCGCUCCAGGCACCGUGCGCUCCCGGCUGGCCCGUGCCUGGCUCCUGGGCCCCGCUGCUGGGGCGCCCCGCUCUUCCCGGCCGGCUCUACUCGCGCGCCGCCGAUGCUGAACAUGAGCGAGGAGCACUCCAAAGCCCUGGAGGCGCCGGGCAGCCCCGCGGGCACGGCCAGCUCCAUGUCCCACGUGGACUCGGACUCGGACGCGCCGUCGUCGCCCGCGGGCUCGGAGGGAGCCCCGGGGGCGCCCUCGGCUUCUUCGCAGCGACCAGGCGGCGGCCCCAAAGGCGAGCCGGGCGACGUGGACGAGCGCUUCCCGGCGUGCAUCCGCGACGCCGUCUCGCAGGUGCUGAAGGGCUACGACUGGAGCCUGGUGCCCAUGCCCGUCCGCGGCAACGGGGCGCUGAAAGCCAAGCCGCACGUCAAGCGGCCCAUGAACGCCUUCAUGGUGUGGGCGCAGGCCGCCCGGCGGAAGCUGGCUGACCAGUACCCGCAUCUGCACAACGCCGAGCUCAGCAAGACGCUCGGCAAGCUGUGGCGUUUGCUAAGUGAAAGUGAGAAGCGUCCCUUUGUCGAAGAAGCCGAGCGCUUGCGAGUCCAGCACAAGAAGGACCACCCAGACUAUAAAUAUCAGCCACGCAGGAGGAAAAGCGUCAAGGCAGGCCAAAGCGAUUCUGAUUCGGGAGCCGAACUGAGUCAUCACAGUGGGAACCAGAUCUACAAAGCAGACACUGGUCUGGGAUCCAUGAGCGAAACUCACCACCACAGUGACCACGCAGGGCAGACCCACGGGCCCCCUACCCCGCCCACCACCCCCAAGACGGACCUCCACCACGGGGGCAAGCAGGAGAUGAAGCACGAGGGGCGCCGCCUAGUUGAGAGUGGCCGGCAGAACAUCGAUUUCAGCAACGUCGACAUCUCUGAGCUGAGCAGCGAGGUGAUAAACAACAUGGAGACCUUUGACGUCCACGAGUUUGACCAGUACUUGCCGCUCAACGGCCACUCUGCCAUGCCGCCUGACCACGGGCAGAACUCUGCGGCAGGGUCUUACGGGCCCGCCUACCCCCAUCCGACUGGCGGCAGUGGGGCUGGAGCCCCCCAGGUUUGGACUCACAAGAGCCCUCCUGCCACCUCGCCUCCCUCCAACGAAAGUGGGCAGCAGAGGCCCCACAUCAAGACAGAGCAGCUGAGCCCUAGCCACUACAGUGAGCAGUCCCACAGCUCCCCGACUCACUCCGACUACGGCUCCUACACUGCCCAGGCGUGCGCCACUACUGUGUCCUCGGCCACGGCCACAGCCUCUUUCUCCAGUUCCCAGUGCGACUACACAGAUCUCCAAAGCUCCAACUACUACAACCCAUACCCUGGCUACGCUUCCAGCCUCUAUCAGUACCCAUACUUCCACUCCUCGCGCCGGCCGUAUGCCACCCCGAUCCUCAACAGCUUGUCCAUCCCUCCCUCGCACAGCCCCACCGCGAACUGGGACCAGCCGGUCUACACAACUCUGACAAGGCCUUGAGAAGGACGGAAGGAGUUGUUGAAGACCUGAGGUCUUCCCUGGACCCCCUCCCCCCCCCAAAAAGUAUGCACUACACAAGUUCAGAAAUGGAAUGAAGAAGGCGCAGCCCGUGAAAGGAGCACCCCCAUUUUCCCGUCCCAAGUGCCUCCUGUUCUUCUGUAAUGACUUGGCCAUCUGCUCCAAAACCCUUUUGAAAAGUUUCCAGAAGACAAGAGUUCUAUUUUCUUUAUUAAUAAUAAUAAUAAUUAAUAAUAAUUAAUAAAGCAUCUGGACUGAUGGUUUCCUUUGAAUACAUGAAGGACAGUAUAUUCUAACUCCUCUGUGAGGACUUAAAAGAGAAGUGCCACAAUUCGUACGCAGGACAGUGCAAAGUUAACAAGGAGACAACAAAGGCAUUCCGGGGUCUAUUGCAAUGUGAGGAUGAGUCGGCCUUGGCGCACAGAACCCACCUAGAUUUUAAAAAUCCUAAUCAUUUAAUAAUAUUGAGGGACCACUCGAGAAUCUUUUGGGACCUACCAACCAACUAAUGUCAGAAUUCCUUUGAUUUGUAAUCAAGAGUUCUUCUAAGCAAGGUUUGGCUGUAAUUAACAUUUUUGUUCAGAAGCUUAAAAAAAGUAUGUUAAGCUCAGAAAAAAGUGUCUUUUUGUCAUUGUUUUGGGGUAAAUCUGUUAAAUAUGUAUUUAUGUUCUGUGUAAUUUUGUCUUUUUUUAAUUAAUGAAGUAAUUCUGUGCAAGAAGUAGAUUUUUUUUUUUAAAGAGAUUUUAAGGAGCAUAAACUAGUGGAGAAAAUAUGGUUUUCCUGCUCCUUAAAAAGAAGGUGGUGCUGUGCUUUGGUUCAGCCAGUCUUAAAAGCAAAUCUGAAAUGCUUCUCAAAAUAAUUAAAGUGGUUAUGGAAGGAUAUUAUGGAAGGGAAGUGAUGGAUUAGUUUUCAGGGGGAGCAGGGAGAAAAAGAAUCCUUACUGAUGGUAUUUCCAUAUAAUUUGUUGAGGAGUUAUUAUAACAUUAAUACUAAGUUAUAAAUAACAUAUAUUUACUUCUGACCAUGCCGGGCCAGAAAUGAGGUCCAUCAAGUCUAGGAUUCUAUUAAUGAAAGAAACUAGCCAGCUGCUGCUGGGAGCUGAUAAAACAACGAUCUCAAGGUCCUGCCUGUGGGAUUCCUCCUAAACACCUAUUCUUGGGUUGGACUCGAUGACCCUAAGGUCCCUUCUACAGUUCUAUGAUUCUAAUUAACAGGUAGACUUUUUCUGAUUAUGGUGCUUCUCUUUUGCCAUUGGGGCUUAUAGUCCCUGAGAGCUCCAGCCCUCCAUGAAUUGGUCGCUAUCUUUUCCUGUCCCCCAAAAGCCACUGAGGCUCACGGCAGUACCCUCUCCACCUCAUGAGGUUGAGAAUCCUAAAAAGGCAAUUAUCGGUUGUAUGAAGGAACACUGAGCCUAUUGCCAAUGGGAUCCAAAGGAAGGUAACCCUCUCCCCAAGGUCCAGUAUUAUGUGAGAGGGAGGCAAACUCCAUAGGACUGGUCCUGGAAUGAUCAACAAUUGUUUCUCGAGAGUCUCUUAAAACAAAAAUAUUGACAGGGUUUAACCAGUUCCUAGUUAUGGUUUUUCAUGCCUAUUCCUUCCUGGAAAUGGUUAAAAACAGGCCAAAUGUUAAUUUGGAAGAGCUCCCUUCUCUCUUCAGCGAGGCUACUUCAGCAUGAAUGUGGAAAAAGGAAAAUGGCAAUAAGCAUACCCUCCCCAUGCCAGUUAGUUUCAACACAUUAAAUUAAAUUUGAAGGCAUCAUUGGAUUUUGGGACUGUGCUGGGAGCACAGCUCGUUCUUGAGAAAUUACAUUUUAAGCAGAAGUUACGGAUUGAGUUUCACUUUAAUGUUGCCUAUUUAGGGACCAGAUGUCAUCCUUCAAAGCUGUGAAAAUAAAAACGUUCUCCACUAUAUUUUGGCUAGUUUUUUUAGAUGUAGACUAAUAUUUCGUUGAUGUUUUGUUCCAUUGUAUGCUGAGCAUAUAAUAACCAUCCAACUCUAAUGGUAACAUUGUGCCUUUUAAAAGAAAACUUUAUAAAUCUUUAAAACUUUCAGAGGUUAUCUUAUCUUUUCUACGUUUUCAUAUUCUUGGGGUUUUUUGUUUUUGUUUCCGUUUUGCUGAAAGGUGUUUCUUCUUUCUUUCUUUCUUUCUUUUUUGCAUAUUGCCUUUUGGGAAUUUGGGGGGAGGCGGGAGAACAAAGUGGGGAGGGUCAGCAGCGGCUCCUUAUGCAAUCUAUUUUUCUGUAAAGUUUGAAGGUCGUCUGUUGUUAUCUGUUCUGUUCACUAGCUUUUGACUAAGUACUGCUAACUUUUGUACAGGUCCAUUUGAUAAAAUUAAAAAAAAAAUGCCUUUUA